UUGCCAAAGAAAUUGUGAGAUCCAGGAGAACGGUCAAUCGCCUAUAUGAAAAUAAGGCACAAAUGAAUUCAAUAUCAAUGCACCUUGGGGAAAGUGUAGCAAUUGCCCGUACAGUUGGGCACUUGUCCAAGAGUGCUGAGGUUAUGAAGCUUGUCAAUAACCUCAUGAAGGCUCCAGAAGUGGCUGUCACAAUGCAAGAGUUCGGCAAAGAGAUGACUAAGGCAGGGGUAAUUGAGGAGUUUGUUGAUGAUGCUCUUGACAACGCACUGGAUUCAGAGGAUAUAGAAGAGGAGAUAGAAGAAGAAGUUGACAAGGUCUUGACAUCUAUUGCUGGUGAGACUGCUGCGCAGCUUCCAGAAGCAGUAAGGAAGGAGAAGAUGAAGCAGCCUGCUCAGACAACACCACAGGAGGAAGAAGCUAUAGCUGAGGGAGUUGAUGAUGAGGAAGAACUAGAAGAAAUAAGGGCCUGACUUGCAAAAGUUCGGUCAUAAGUCAAGCGUUCAGUCUUUUCCUAUUCUCCUUGCUUAAUAGAGAAAUGGUGAUCAUGCUGACUAGUUGGUUGCCUCUGAGUUGGAUUGCUUAAUUGAGAUUUCAGCCUUCUGUGUAUCUGUAAACCGGCACAUUGUAGCUAAUAUCAUGUAACGCCUACAGUUGCUAUUUAGUUAUUCCUGUGGGCAAGAUCUGUAUUACAUCUAGGAGAAUUGAUGUGUUUAAACUCUUUUUAUACUCUCCACUGAGCAAGAAUAAACCAUUUUAAUUAAUAA